CCUCCGCUCCUGCAAUUGGCCUGGGGCCGCCCGCGCCCGCGUUAUAAGGUGCGCGGGGCGGCCGGCCGCGCUCGUCCCGCACCAUGGCGCUGAGCGACACCGCCCUGCCCUCCUUCGCCACCUUCGCCAGCCCCUGCCGCGAGAAAGCGCUGCACGAAAGGUGGAAGUGCGAGCAGGAGGCCAAGACCCCCGCCGGCACCUGGGGCGGCCUCUCCCCGCGCAAAGAGGAUGAGGAUCUCAACAACGUGCUGGAUUUUAUCCUUUCCAUGGGCAGCGAUGGCUACGGCCAGGGCGCUGCCGGCGGGGACUAUCCCCCCGCCCAAGGCGAAAACGGUGGCUUUUACCAGACAAACCCGUCCCCGGGAUGCUACAACGCCCUGGAGCAGGGCAGCCCCCCGCCCUACAACGCCGGCAUCGUGCCGGAGAUGAUGCGUUCCGAGAUGGACUCCAACUACUGCCCCUCCGGCAGCGUCCACGGCCGCUUCUUCGUGACACCGACCUUCGGGGGCCCGCAGUUCGUCGACAGCAUUAAGCCCGAGCCCGACAUGGACAAUUAUGGACCGGUCCUGGGUCUGGUGCCCCAGGCUUGCCCAAAGAUCAAGCAGGAGGGGAACGCGACCUGCAUGAUGGCCUACGAGCAGCCCCGGGUGGCCAGCUCCCCGCAGAUCCCUGGGGCAGAGACGCCCCCGCUGAGCCCCGACGAUCUCAUGGUGAAUGACUGCCACUCGCAGAUGAUGUGCCCCUCGUCCGUGUCCUACCAGCAGAGUUUCCACCCGGCCUCCGGCUUCCACCACCCGCAGACCCACCUCCAGUACCAGAACACCUCCCAGUUCGGCCUUUUCGAGGACAGCCUGCCCUUACAGCCCUCAGCUCCUCGGGGCAUGCUCACCCCUCCUUCCUCCCCUCUGGAGCUGCUGGACUCCAAACCCAAGCGAGGGCGCCGGUCGUGGCCGAGGAAGAGGACGGCCACUCACACGUGCAGCUACGCCGGCUGUGGGAAGACCUACACCAAGAGCUCGCACCUGAAGGCUCACCUCAGGACGCACACAGGUGAAAAGCCCUACCACUGCAACUGGGAAGGCUGCGGCUGGAAGUUCGCCCGCUCCGACGAGCUCACCCGGCACUACCGCAAGCACACGGGGCACCGGCCCUUCCAGUGCCACCUCUGCGACAGGGCGUUCUCCAGGUCAGACCACCUGGCGCUGCACAUGAAGCGGCACAUGUAGCCCCAGCGAGCCUGCCCUGCCGCCGCUGGACCUUAUUUAACUGCUCAGGUGCAGAAGGGUGAAGAAUUCUGUAGCUGGUACUACACAGGGAGGCACCGACCCGACGCUCCAGGACGGACGCGGAGGAUCUGCCGCGAGGGGAGGCUCAGCCCGGCAUCUCCCGCAGGGAAUCUGCCGUGCCUGGCUCAGUGACCUGCCCGUCCCGGUCAGGAGAACGAGGGGUUAAUUUAUGCAGCUUCUGUGAAGGGUAAACUCCGUAAGACUCCAUACAGAUUGUAUAGAAGAAGCUGUAAAUAUGUUUUUUUUUUCCCCCCACCCCAAUUCUAACUGCCCGUUCCUAAGCUUUACAAGACAAUGUUUGUAUGGAAACUGCCUGAAGUUGACCCUAGAAGAGAGAAAAUGAAUGUUACUGUAGCUGACGAUGUUAGUCUAGAUCUGUCGAAGGCAUGGCUAAGAGAACACUCCUCUUGUUAGACUCUUUGGUUCACAGGUGCAAUAGUAUUCUUGUUUGCCAUGAUCUACACUAGAAGUACAGGGCUUGAUGUCUUGUAAGAAAAUAACCUAUUUACUGUAAUUUGUUUUUUUUUAUAUAUUGUAAAUAAUUUUAUACAAUGAGAAAUAUUGUAUAUGUAAAUAGAAGACAAAUGGGUAUUUUGCCUAUUUCUGUUUUUAUAAAAACGUAAUUUUUCAAUGUUUGAAAACAUUUCAUCUUUUUAAUAAAACAAGUUUUAAAUUGCUGUGAUUUUUAUUCUCCUUUGAGGUUUCCCUGUUACUUUUUUUUCCUGAUGGCUGGACCAGCAACCACCUGAUUGUGUUUCAAAUCAUCGACAGCUGCAACAAGACACUUAAAAAAAAAAAAAAAUCUGAGCCGUGGAUUUCUCUGAAAUAGAUAAGGGAGUAAGCAAGGUAUUCUCACUGGUAAAUAGGACAUAGUACAGUGCUUUAUCAAAAAAUCAAACAGGAAAGUAGAUCAUAUUCAAAAUAUACUUCCUAAAAAUGGUUAAGUUAAGCAACGCUGUAAUUUCAGUCUCAUUUCUAGUUUAUGCUAGACUAUUUUAAUAGCAUUCUUAAUGUUUUCCAGAUGCAGUUAUAGUUUUGCCAGCAGUGUGUGGGUUUUCACUAUAAAUUUAAACACUGCAUUUUUGUAAUUAUGGGGGCUUAUUUUAAGGCAUUCUUGUACAUAAAUUAUCCUUGUUCUCAAGAACUCGGUGCAGAAUUCCAAUAGAACAGUAGUGGAAUUCAAGAUGAAUCCACAACACAGGUUAAAAUACCUUCAUAACUCCUUCCCCAAAACUUAAAUUCACUUAAUAACCUGUAGUGCCACCUAGAUUUCAGGAGUUAAGACAGUUAUUAACUAUUUGGGGGGAAAAUCAGCCGGGAUUUGAGAUUCUGAAAACUAAUUGCAAGCAAACUGGGUGCUGCAACAGCUAAAGACUGCUACAAAAGUCAAAUUGGGCCCCUAAAAAAUUCUUCACAGCUGUAAAUGAGCUCAGAAGGCCAGGCAGUAAAUCCCAGCAGUCGCUCUGACAGUCUGAUGGGCAUCCUCUGUCUUCGGGGUGAGCUUGGAUACCUGUGUGUCACUGCUAAUCAAAUAUGCAGAUUCAGCUUAAUACUGCUGCAUUUUUCCCUUAACCUGCAACUUGGUUUGAAUCAAGAUUGUGCCUUUUUUUUUUUCUGACUUAACGUGUUAGAAUGCACAAGAAAGAAAUCAACAGGAAUGCAUUUAGAGUAGCUACAAAUAUAGCUGCUCUUCUGUGAAAGCAAAGGCUGAAGCUGAUCAUGUGGAACAGAUGUAUUUUGGGCUUCUAAUCAUUGGCAUGGAAGAACGAGUUCCACAUUUCACUUUUGUAGUUCUUUCGAAGUGAAAUACAAGGGAGCUUUAGCGUUUCAUCAUCAAAAACAAAACUCAUUUAUUUGCUAGAAAAAAAAAAAA